AUCUCUUUAGUUUUUCUCUUUAUUAAAGAAAGUUUGCUCCUUUCUUGAUUUCAAAACCCAAACAUUUGAACACCCAAUCUUAAUAUUAAUAUUAAUAUUAUACACAACAUAACCUCAUCUCACAGGCAAUCCAUAUUCAUAUUAAUGUUCUUGCUUGGCUCCUGAGUAAACCCAAGUCUCCCUUUGUCUGCACUCAAAGAACAACAGCUACAGAGACAGCCUUCAUAAUAAUACUAAUUAGCCCCCAAAAUCCCAUCCCAUAUUCUCUGUUUUAUCCCAAUCCCAAUCUCCAAGUGGCAAAUCAAAAACCAUCAUCACCAUGUCCUCCUUGCAGCCUCAGCAACAACAGCCUGCUCUUGUUUACCCAAACAACGUGAGAGGACAGCCGUCUUCUUCCCACCAUUCAAAUGGCUCAUUUGGGACGGUUUUCAUUGUGCUGGCCGUUAUAGUUGUCAUAUCAGCCAUUGCUUGCUUUCUUGGACGGCUCUGCAACCGCCGCCUCCACAACUCAAAACCCAACAAGCAACCGGAGCAAAACUUUCGUCCCAGCAAAAAAGAAGCUGCGGUGAAUAAUCACCACAUGGAGUUUGGGAAUAAUAAGAAUCCCAGCUUUCGUGCCCCCAAAGACACAGACAUCGAAUUCGGGUUCGACAAGAAAAUCCCAAAUGGCAAUGGCAGCAGAUCAGAGAGCAGAGGAUACAUGAACAAUCACAGCAAACCACAUCAUGGAAAUGGUGAUCAUCAUAUUCACAUGAAAGGUGAAAUGAAGCAGCCUGGUGAUCAUGUUGUGAUUAGAGAGCCCCGAGCCAGUGGAUGAAUUGCAUGAUGAUGUCACACGUAAGGAUGGGAUCAUCAGUAACUUGUAGUAGCUGGAUUGGCAUAUCUGUCAAAAUUAAAUUAGUCCUCUCGUUUUCUCUGUUCUUCUCUGUUUUCUUUUUGCCUUUUCAUUUAUUUAUAAUUUCCAAACUCUGCAACUUCUUCAAGUAUUGAUA